AUGCUUGGCCUCCGUCCCACCCUAAGACCCCGUCCUUCCCUCUUAGACUUGGUGUCCCAGAAGAACAUCGAUUCUCUCUCAGCCCGCCCUUCCACGCCAUCGACAUCGGAGCCCGACGACAACGACAAUCAAUCGUCGUCGCCAGCACCAUUCGAGUACCCACUCCCCGAAUCCCCGCAACUUAAUCGAGUGCGACCGCAUCGCCACUCUCGACCCUCUACCUCCGACAGCAACAACCCUCUCGAGAAGCCCAAGAUGACUUCACGUCAAGAUUUGGAGGCCGGUGAGGAGCAAUAUGCGGAUAGUCCCGUCAUUGUCGCCGAGAACAUGAUCGGAUGUGCUAUGUACGAGCUUGUAUGUGAUGGCAGGUCCGUGUCGGCCACGACAACCUGGUCGGUGAAGUCAUUAGGAUCGAGUCCGAUAAGGCCACCAUUCAGGUCUACGAGGAGACUGCCUCUGUCCGUCGAGCUUGGUCCCGGCCUGAUGGAGACCAUUUACGAUGGUAUCCAGCGUCCUCUCCGCGGUAUCUCCGACGCCUCCAAGUCCAUCUACAUCCCUCGCGGUAUCAACCUUCCUGCGCUCGACCGUACGAUCAAGUGGGACUUCACGCCCGGCAAGCUGAAGGUCGGCGACCACAUCACCGGCGGUGAUGUUUUCGGUAGCGUUUUCGAAAACUCGCUUCUCAACGACCACAAGAUCCUUCUUCCGCCUCGCGCCCGCGGUACGAUCACGCGCAUUGCUGAGAAGGGUAGCUACACCGUGGAUGAGAAGAUUUUGGAGGUUGAGUUCGAGGGCAAGAAGACGGAGUACAGCAUGAUGCACAACUGGCCCGUCCGUGUGCCUAGGCCGACCACCGAGAAGCUGUCAUCCGACUCCCCGCUGGUUGUCGGACAACGUGUGCUGGACGCUCUCUUCCCCAGUGUCCAGGGUGGCACUGUCUGCAUUCCCGGUGCUUUCGGUUGCGGUAAGACCGUCAUUAGUCAAUCGCUGUCCAAGUUCUCCAACAGUGAUAUCAUUGUCUACGUUGGUUGUGGUGAGCGUGGUAACGAGAUGGCUGAAGUCUUGAUGGACUUCCCCGAGCUGUCCAUCGAUGUCGACGGCCGCAAGGAGCCUAUCAUGAAGCGCACGACUCUCAUUGCUAAUACUUCCAACAUGCCUGUCGCUGCCCGUGAAGCCUCCAUCUACACCGGUAUUACCGUCGCCGAGUACUUCCGUGACCAGGGCAAGAACGUCGCUAUGAUGGCUGACUCUUCCUCGCGUUGGGCCGAGGCUCUGCGUGAAAUUUCUGGUCGUCUGGGUGAAAUGCCUGCUGAUCAGGGUUUCCCUGCCUACCUUGGUGCCAAGCUGGCCUCUUUCUACGAGCGUGCUGGCCGUGUUCAGGCGCUGGGUAGCCCCGACCGCAACGGUAGUGUCAGUAUCGUUGGUGCCGUGUCGCCGCCUGGUGGUGAUUUCUCGGACCCCGUUACUAGCGCCACGCUGGGUAUUGUGCAGGUCUUCUGGGGCCUGGACAAGAAGCUUGCUCAGCGCAAGCACUUCCCGUCGGUUAACACGGCGAUGUCGUACUCCAAGUACACCGGCCCUCUGGACAAGUAUUACGCCGAGUUCAACCCCGAAUUCCCUCGCCUGAGGGACCGCAUCAAGGAGCUGCUCUCCACCUCUGAGGAUCUUGAUCAGGUCGUGCAGCUGGUCGGAAAGUCCGCCCUGGGCGACUCCGACAAGAUCACUCUGGAUGUGGCCACGCUCAUCAAGGAAGACUUCCUGCAGCAAAACGGCUACUCGGACUACGACCAGUUCUGCCCGCUGUGGAAGACGGAGUGGAUGAUGAAGUCCAUGAUGGGCUUCCACGACGAGGCGCAAAAGGCCGUUGCUCAGGGCCAGAACUGGGCGAAGAUCAGGGAGGCGACGGCGGAUAUCCAGACGCAGCUGAGGGGCAUGAAGUUCGAGGUGCCCAGCGAGGGCGAGGACGUCAUUACGAAGAAGUACGAGGAGAUGUACCAGAAGAUGCAGGAGAAGUUUGCGUCGUGCAAAGUGUCGCAGAGGCUGGUCUGGUGGAGCGUUCCUGCUGACCGCCCUAGUCCACGCGGCCGCGCUAGCCAUCGCUGGAGAGCAAUGAUGAACGUGCCAGCGAGCAGCGAACAACACAGUACAUCUAUCCACUCCACAACCCCACCGCCUCGCGCUCGACUCUGUGCGCCGCCAACCAUGACGGCGAACCCCACCGCCAUAAACGUCAAUGAUCCGGGCUUGAUUACGCUCGUUAACAAGCUCCAGGAUGUCUUCACCACUGUUGGCGUCCAAAAUCCCAUAGAUUUGCCCCAGAUCGCCGUCGUUGGUUCGCAGUCUAGCGGAAAGAGUUCAGUACUAGAGAACAUAGUUGGCAGAGACUUCUUGCCUCGAGGUACCGGCAUAGUAACGCGUCGCCCCCUGAUCCUCCAACUCAUCAACCGCCCUGCCGCCUCUAAACCGCAAGCCAACGGUGCCAGCGAAGGCAUCGAGACCACGGACAAAGAGUCAAACAUCGACGAGUGGGGCGAGUUCCUUCACGUUCCUGGCGAGAAGUUCUACGACUUCAACAAGAUCAGAGAUGAGAUUGUGCGGGAAACCGAGCAGAAGACAGGUCGCAACGCGGGUAUCUCUCCGGCGCCCAUCAACCUGCGGAUAUACUCGCCCAAUGUCCUUACGCUUACCCUCGUUGAUUUGCCGGGUCUGACCAAGGUGCCCAUUGGAGACCAGCCGCGCGAUAUCGAGAGGCAGAUCAGGGAGAUGGUCUUGAAGCAGAUUAGCAAGCCUAAUGCUAUUAUUUUGGCCGUCACCGCUGCGAACACUGACUUGGCCAACUCGGACGGUCUGAAGCUGGCGCGCGAGGUCGAUCCCGAAGGUCAGCGCACCAUUGGUGUCCUGACUAAGGUCGACCUGAUGGACGAGGGUACCGAUGUCGUGGAUAUUCUGGCUGGUCGUAUCAUUCCUCUGCGACUGGGUUAUGUGCCCGUCGUUAACAGAGGUCAGAGGGAUAUCGAGAACAAGAAGAUGAUUUCUUACGCGCUGGAACACGAGAAGCAAUUCUUCGAGAACCACAAGGCGUACAGGAACAAGAGCGCGUACUGCGGUACGCCUUACCUGGCGCGGAAGCUGAACUUGAUCUUGAUGAUGCACAUCAAGCAGACCCUGCCCGACAUCAAGGCCCGUAUUUCUUCGUCUCUGGCGAAGUAUGGCGCGGAGCUGGCACAAUUGGGCGAUUCCCUUCUCGGGAACGCUUCCAACAUUAUUUUGAACACUAUUACUGAGUUCUCGAACGAAUACCGGUCCGUGCUGGAGGGUAAUAACCAGGAACUCUCGAGCAUCGAACUGUCGGGUGGCGCGCGUAUUAGUUUCGUCUACCACGAGCUUUACUCCAACGGUGUCAAGGCCGUCGACCCCUUUGACCAGGUCAAGGAUAUCGACAUCCGUACCGUCUUGUACAACUCGUCUGGUUCUGCGCCAGCUCUCUUCGUCGGUACGACCGCUUUCGAGCUCAUCGUCAAGCAGCAGAUUAAGAGGCUGGAAGACCCUAGCUUGAGGUGCGUGUCGCUCGUCUACGACGAACUUAUCCGUAUCCUGGGCCAACUACUUUCCAAGCCUAUGUUCAGGAGAUACCCGGCCCUCAAGGAAAAGUUCCACGCGGUUGUUGUUGGCUUCUUCAAGAAGGCGAUGGAGCCAGCCAACAAGCUCGUCAAGGACCUGGUUGCGAUGGAGUCCUGCUACAUCAACACUGGUCACCCCGACUUCAUCAACGGCUCGAGGGCCAUGGCGGUCAUACAUGAACGUCACAACGCCUCGAAGCCUACUCAGGUCGACCCCAAGACCGGCAAGCCUCUUCCCCCUAGCGCCGUGCCUCCGCGCAGCUCUAGCCCGUCGAUCGAAAACGAGAGCAACGGCGGCUUCUUUGGCAGCUUCUUCGCCAGCAAGAACAAGAAGAAGAUGGCAGCCAUGGAGCCGCCGCCGCCGCAGCUCAAGGCCUCGGGCACGCUGUCCGAGAAGGAGGCCCAGGAGGUCGAGGUCAUCAAGCUGCUGAUCACUUCUUACUUCAACAUUGUGCGCAGGACUAUGAUCGACAUGGUGCCCAAGGCCAUCAUGUUGACGCUUGUCACCUUCACGAAGGAAGAAAUGCAGCGCGAGCUGCUCGAGCAGAUGUACCGCCAGGAACAGCUGGAUGAGCUGCUCAAGGAGAGCGAGUACACGGUGCGCCGGCGCAAGGAGUGCCAGCAGAUGGUCGAGUCGCUAUCGCGUGCGAGCGAGAUUGUCAACCAGGUGCAGUGA